AUGAGUCGGACACCCGAUCGCGAGGACGACGACAAGAAUGUCGCGGGGGAAGAUCCAGCGCUCCAGCCACUCCUCCCAGCCACCGAGAAUGACCAUGAUACCCAUACUGCACAUGCGUAUGUUACCCAGUCCGGGUUUAAGAGGCUUUCAGCCACGGACAAGAAGACGUUAUUAUUGACGACUACCAUGGACAAGAUGGGCAUGGGACGAUACUCAUGGUACAUCUUCUUCUUAUGCGGCUACGGUUACGCCCUCGAUUUAAUGUGGGCGCAAGCCUUCGGCCUCAUUGUCAGCUCCGCGCAGCAAGAGUUCGGCAUCCCAGAUUCACAGUUUGGUACUCUUCUAACUGCCUUCAACGUUGGCCUCACCAUAGGCGCCUUUACAUGGGGAAUCAUUGGAGAUAUGUUCGGGCGGAAAUGGGCAUUCAACCUGACAGUCCUCAUUACCGGAUUUUGGGGUAUGCUACUUGGCUCUGCCCCCAGCUGGCCCUGGCUCUGCUUCCUUUCUGUCUUCACUGGUUUUGGGAUCGGAGGCAACAUACCGACGGACGCUAGCAUUGUUCACGAGUUUCUGCCACACGACAGCAAAUACCUCCUCGCAGCUCUAUCGCUCUUCCAACCUCUUGGCGUAGUUGUAUGCUCCGUCAUCGCUUGGGGGUUCAUCCCAUCCAAUAGUUGCGAGACCGGGCUAAGGUCCUGCUAUAUCGCUGAUCCCGGGGAACAGUGCUGUGCGAGGGAGGACAAUGUAGGCUGGAGGUUCACUACAAACGCGAUCGGUGCUAUCACAUUGUUCUGUUUCUUCCUCAGAUUCGUCGUGUUCAAUUUUCAGGAGAGCCCGAAGUUCCUGCUACUCCAGGGUCGCGAGCAGGAAGCCGUCGAUGUCAUCCAGCACAUAGCCAAGGUGAAUCGGAAGCCGUGCUCGCUGACUGUCGAAGAUAUCUACGCUCUGGAUGGUGAUGAUAUAUCGGAAUCUUCUUCUACAAGGUCUGGCGAGCCGAAGACUCUGGGAGAGAUGGCCAGCCAGUUCAAAGUGUUCUUCUCGACGCCCUAUAUGGCACGACUGUCACUUGCGAUAUGGGCUACGUUCAUUUUUGAUUAUGCCGCAUUUUCCAUUGCCGGUGGAUUCCUACCGGAUAUCCUUAGGAGGAAGGGCGUGGCUGCUGGCCAGUCAGUAGACAUCACAUAUCGAAACUAUAUAAUCAUAUACGCUCCAGGCAUCGUCGGUGUCGUGCUCGGGGCGUUUGUGAUACAGACCAAGAUGCUUGGCAAGACAUGGUCAAUGACGAUUUCUGCUAGCCUGAUGGCCGCUUCGUUGUUCGCUUUCGUAUACAUUGAUUCCCCGGCGGCUAAUGUGGGCUUCAACGCCAUGGAGUAUUUUUUCCAAUCCAUGUUUAACGCCAUUCUGUAUGGCUACACACCGGAAGCGUUCCCGGCUGCGGUGCGCGGUUCCGCUUGCGGCAUCGCUAGUACCUGGGGUAGACUUUCAUCUAUCGUUGCACCGCUGGUGGCAACCCGGCUACUUGCGACCAGUGUGGACGGCGUUCUAUACCUUGCUGGUGGUGCAGCAGUCCUGUCCGCUAUCGUGACCCUUUUCUUGCCGGAGAAGCUCAAGAAUGAAGGCUUUUGA